GUUAUGUCAGCUCUUCCACAGUCUUCAAGCUCUCUUGAUGAUGGUUCGUUAAAAGCCUCAAAAGCUGAAACUUCACCAAUUGCUUUGGAACCUGUUAGUUCUACUGAGUUUCUUGAUGAAGUUGAAAUUAAUAAAGAAGAAAAAGGCCUAAGUGAAUGCAAGCAAUUUACUGUGACAAAUAUCUGUGAGAAAGACAAGCUGAUAAUUAGUAUUAAAUCAUGUGACAAGUGGGGACUGCAAGCAAAUCUGGGGUUUGGACAGCGGCAAAAAAAGCAAAGCAAAGACAUGAAGAAAUCGGAAAGAGAUAAAGGCAAGAAGCUUUCAAAUAGUAGUAAAGUGAAUGAAGAUGCAGUCUCCAGCUCCAAUGAGGAUCGCAGCAACAGUGGAGAAACUGGGGGAGCGUCACAAAGUAAAUGUUUACGUCAGAAGAAGCAAAUUAAAUAUACAUUUUACUCAGAAGAUAUAGACACAUCUGAUGGAAAUUCCAGUUGCUAUAGUGAUGAGGACUUCAGCUUUCAAAAGGCAAGGUCCUCAAAAACCAAGAGGAGGCAAAAGGCAGGUGAG